AUGUCUCUUGUCAAGAGACGCAAAGAAAAGAAGUCGGGCAAAGGCUGCUGGACAUGUAAAAGCAGAAAAAUCGGAUGCGACAAAGGUAUACCUUAUUGCAAUAAUUGCACGAGGACUGGUCGAGUUUGUGAAGGUUAUGGCAUCAAACUUCACUGGCCAGAAUCGGGUGAUGGCAGGAGACCAGUUCAUUCUUGGGAGAACGAAUCUCAUCGCCCUGCUCAAAUUUCUCCGGCGCCUCCAACACGUGAAAAAUAUCAAUUUCUGAAUUCGACGUACAUCGACUUGAAAGUUGCAUCGGAGUUUAAACAGAAAUGUUAUUCCACAUAUCGGUAUAUGUCAAGCCCUCAGAGAAGCCUGAAGUUCGGAUAUGAAACUACCCUCGAGUCACGGGAUGCAACACUGUUAUCUUACUACACAGAUGUCCUGUCUCGUAUGAUCACAACCAUCGAUGAUAGUUUGAAUGGUUUUCGAAAUUACUUGCUCCCAAAUGCACUUGCAGACCGUUAUCUUUCUUGUCUGAGCCUGCGAUAUGCCAUCCUUGCAGUAUCAGCUUACCACUUAUGGGGGACUGAAGCUGCAGUACAAUAUAAGAUAUCUGCGAUACAGCUCCUCUCACAGUCUAUUCAAACAGGAGGAGGUGGACUUAGAGGACAAUUUGCCACAUGUAUGAUGCUUUGUGUGGGUGAUGUUUUUGACGGGGCUGAUGGAAGCUGGCCCACACAUCUAAAGGCUGCAAGAGAAAUCGGCUUGACAAUGACGAAAGACCACUUUUUGAAUACUUGGCUCUUAUAUCAUGAUGUCCUAGCAGAUUUCAGUCACGGGAGGCGGCAGAGACAAUCUCUAAGUAGUACAUUUCUCGGGGCUCCGAGUGCUAAUCCUGAGAACAAAAUUAUCAUUGGAUCGCUGGGAUGUUCUCUAGAAGUCCUCGAAUGCAUAUCCUGCAUCAACGAGAUUUCUGGGAUAUCCGAAAGACAAGGAGAAUAUCAGGAUUUUGCCCAAGGACUAGUGAAACAGCUUAAGGAUGCUCAUCAAAUUUCUGCAAUAAUGGAAGACGACACUACCGGCAAGAUUGAUCAAAUCAAAAUAGAAAAUACAGCCGAACUUUACCGGCUGGGAGCGCUCAUAUAUCUCCAUUCAGUCCUAUUGAUACCUUCCGACUCGGAUGAAAUACAGGGUCUAGUGAGCAAGGCGUUGGCAAUUCUUAGUAGGAAUGGUAUCUGCACAAGUCCUUGGCCACUGUUCAUAACGGCAUGCGAAGUUGUAUCCGACGAGCAACGAAUCCAGAUCCUAGAUGUUCUGGAAGAUAUGCAAAGCGAAAGAAGAAUCGGAAAUUUGGAAAUAGUGAGAGGCAUCAUAGAAACUGUAUGGAAGCAGAUGGAUUUAGCGGAAGGUAAUGGCGUAAGUAAGAGAAUCGACUGGAGAACUUUGGUUGAUAUGAGGAAGCGGGUACCAUCCUUCAUCUGA